UCUUAAAAAAUAUUCCGGGAAUUUUGGUUUAUGACGUCUUUGGAGCCCUUAAAGUUUAUUAUCAUGGCAGAAGAAGCUCAAGGAGGAGGAGAGGAAGAAGACUUCGUCCCCCACUUCACAAAGCAACAAUCUUUCUGAGAGAAAUGGGGAAGGGACGCUUCUCGAUCUGCGGAGGAAACAGUGUUCUCCGCCGCCGUAAGAAGGCCGGGGAUCUUCCAUCUCCGACAUCGAUACCUCCUCCCAUGGUCGCAGAAUCGUCCCUGUCGACUGCACCGCAACCGAUGGCCAAGGGGAAGAAGAAGGCUGUAGGGGCAAGGCUGUGGAUUAGGUUCGAUCGGUUUGGAAAUUCUGAGUUGGUUGAAUGCGACAAGAGUGCCAUCAUCAAGCGUGUGGCUAUCCCCGCUAGGGAUUUGAGGAUUCUCGGUCCUAUUUUCUCUGACUCCUCUAAUAUUCUUGCUAGGGAGAAAGCCAUGGUUGUCAAUUUGGAGUUUAUAAAAGCUAUAGUCACUGCUGAAGAAAUCCUUUUGCUUGAUCCUUUACGGCAUGAGGUUCUUCCAUUUGUGGAUCAGCUAAGGCAACAACUUCCUCUGAAAAGCCCAACUAACAUCCAAGGAGCAUCUCCUGCAGAUGCACAACAUGAUGAUUUGCACGUUUCAAACUAUGGACGGUUACCUGUUCCAGAAGCUGUUGAAAAUUUGCAAAGUGAGCUUCCAUUUGAGUUUCAGGUUCUUGAGAUCGCGUUAGAGGUUGUCUGUAUGUUUUUGGAUUCGAAUGUGGCAGAACUUGAGAGAGAUGCGUACCCUGUUUUGGAUGAACUGGCCAAGAAUGUUAGCACAAAGAAUCUUGAGCAUGUGCGGAGUUUGAAAAGCAAUCUUACCCGUCUACUUGCUCGUGUGCAAAAGGUGAGAGAUGAAAUUGAACAUUUGUUGGAUGACAAUGAAGACAUGGCACAUCUGUAUUUGACGAGGAAGUUGAUCCAAAAUCAGCAAUAUGAAGCUUUGUUGGGAGAGGCAGAGUCAACUAACAUUGUCCAUGCUGCUCCUCAGUUUCCUCGGCUAGCUUCUAUCCGGAGUGGAAGUCUAGCGAACAGCAACAUCACUUUUGAGAACGAUGUAGAGGAUUUGGAGAUGAUGCUUGAGGCUUAUUUUAUGCAGCUGGAUGGAACGCGUAACAAGAUCUUGUCGGUUCGUGAAUAUAUUGACGAUACAGAAGAUUAUGUUAACAUUCAACUUGACAACCAGCGAAAUGAACUGAUUCAACUGCAGUUGACACUCACGAUUGCGUCGUUUGCUAUAGCUACAGAAACAUUGAUUUGUGGGAUCUUCGGUAUGAACAUUCAGUGUAUUCUGUACAAUAUGAAUGGGAUAUUUGGGCUAUUUGUCGGCAGUGUUACAUGCGCUUGUAUUUUGCUUUUCCUGCUCAUUCUGGGUUAUGCAAGAUGGAAGAAGCUACUUGGUUCCUAAGUCUGCUUUGUAACGAGUUGUUGUAGCUGCAACUCUUGUAUUUCAAAGUGCAUAUGGGAUGUGAUUAUCCGUUUUCACCAACGAUACAUGUUGUAAGUAGAUGAUACAGUAAUGAAAAAUGAAUGUUGUAGCCUUUACUGGUUGGUGAUUGGGAUCGAAUCAAUCAAUUGCAUGAACAUUGUAUCUUACAGAGGAGCACCACCGGUUCAGUGGUUGGUUCGUUAUGUAUUGUAAUUGUAUAUUUGUUUUCAAUUUUAUAUGGGAGGUCAAAUCCUUCAAUUUCUUUCCAACGA